AUGAAAAAUGGCAAACAUUUUCAAGAACCCAGAAAAGAAAUAGUUAGAAAGAAUCAAAAGGAAUAUGCAAAGAAAACUAAAGUGAGUGAUAACAAAGGAGAAAGUGAUUAUUAUAUGAAAGAUUCAUUGGAAGAUGAGGCAAAGAAGGAGUUUCUUGAAGGGAUGGUAAUUGUACGGACGUGGUCUCUUGGAGUGGAGAACUCAUUGGCAUGGUGUGAGUAG